UUUGACCUGUUUCACAUUUUCUACACGGGCGCUUUUGCAGCGGACCAAAGCGAAGUGUCUGGCGAAAUGGAAGUGAAAAACGCAAAUGCUGCUAUGCUCAGUAACUAUGAGGUGUUCAAACUCCUAACAGACCUGAAGGAACAGAGGAAAGACAGCGGGAAGAACAAACACAGCGCUGGGCAGCAGAACCUUAACACCAUCAUGUAUGAGACACUGAAGUACCUGUCAAAGACGCCCUGCAGCAGGCAGACUCCAGAGAUCGUUAAAGAGUUCCUCACCACCAUGAUGCCUCAAAAACUCACAAAGGCCGAAAAACUACAGUUAUUGAACCACCGGCCACAGACGGCAGUGGAAAUUCAGCUAAUGGUGGAGGAGAGUGAAGAGCGGUUAUCAGAGGAGCAGAUCGAGCAGCUCAUACAGAUGGUUGCAGACGUCCUACCUGGUGACCCAGACCAGGAGAUGGCAGCUCCAGCAGAUGCAGAGGUUGAUGAAGCCGUAGAACAGUCAUGACAAGGUGGCGGGCCAGACACCACCCAUAGGGGGAGAACUGCAGUGGAGGCUAAAAUGAUUACAGACCUGGACUGAUUGCUUUAACCGGCACCAUUUUGCAUCAUAGUUUGAACUGAGCAACAUGCUGACAGAAGGGAUUCACAACGGCUACCAUAUAUUUACCUCAUUACCUUUUGAAAUGCCUCAUUAAAUGAUUCACAUUUAGGUGAAUAAAAUAAUUAAUAGAAGAUGAUUGUUUUUACAAAUCAUACACAAGCUUCUGUAAGUACAGGUUUUUGGACAGUGCGUCGUAGAUGUCUCAUUUUGCAUCUGACUGGUCUAUUUGUAUUUCACAUCAGAUGAUGUUUAUGCAGAGACUGUCUGUUAUUAACCUGAUAUGUUUUUGGUUUCUGACUCAAUGUUAGUCGUCGGUUUCUACCGUGAUGCAUAAAAAAAUAAGGAUUUUAGCCGCUGUAUGAUUUCCCAAGCUGUAAUAUAAGUCAGUCAUGCAAUUAAACUUUGGUACAGCACUAACACAAGGUCAGACAGUAUUAUUAAAGCGGCUAUGUAAUAAAAAAA